CAGACACACUUACUUGUUGUCUCUCUCUUUCUCAAAGAUUAAAAGGACGGUCUCUGUUAAAACCUGUAAAAGAAGGAAGAGGAAGAGACCCGGUCGUUGAUGCUCGUAGUCGUCGUCCUUACAGACCAAAAGAAACUUCUUCCGUGGAGGUGAAGAAAUGGUAGGCGAGAUGGAGGAGGAAAGCAAGCUGAAAAACGAGCUGAAUCUCUGUAUGGUGAGAGGCGAGGGUCUGCGUAAAGAGUUGGAUGAAGUUUACGGUUACGCCUCUAAAAGAGUAGGGGAGAGGAUCAGGGAGUUAGAUUUCAAGGAGGUGGAGUUGAAAGAUAAAAGCUUUGCACUUGAGGAAAGAGCUAAGAAGGUUGAAGAAGCCGAAGGUCGGCUUGUUGAUUUGGAGGUGGAAGUUGAAGCAAAGAGGAAAGAGCUAAACUUUAUUAAGAAUCAGGUGGAGAUUUUUCUAGCCGAGUCUAAUGCAGAGGAAAUGAGACUAUCUGAGCUAAGGAGAUUGGUGGAAGAGUGUGCGGCAGAGAAGAUAUUAAAAGAAAGGGAGCUAAGUGAGAUGGUGGAGACGUUGAGACAGACUCAGGUUGAGAUUGAUUCUAAAGAUGAAGAGUUGGGACAGAUGGAGACUGAGCUUGAGAGAUAUCAUGCUCAGGUCAGCGCAGAGAUGGAGAGUCUGAGGAAGUUGGAUGAGGAAUCUGAGAGGAAGCUAAAAGAUCUCACAUUGGUUCAAGACAAGAUUGGGGAGUGUGAGAAGAUGUUUGAGACGCUGUCAUCUGAGCUUGUCUCCAAAGAGGAAGAGUUGGAAGUGAUUAGUCAGAAAAUUGACUUGAGGGAACAGACGGUCAUGUCCGUGAAUAGCGACAUGAAGGAGGCUUGCCAACGGAUGGAGACAAAAGACAAGGAGUUGAAGGAUGUCCAAAAGCUAAUUAAGGAAAGGAAAGCACAUUGUGAGUCACUGGAGGUGUUGAUUCAGGAACGCAAUGAAGAACUUGCUUCUAAAGUGAAGCAACGAGAUGAGAUAACGGAAGCUAUCCGUAACUCCAACGAGGAACUUGACUCAGUCAAGGAAAAGAUUGAAGACGGCUUGAAAGACUUCCAAUUUAAAGAGGAGGAGCAAGCCAGGGUAAGAGCAUCAUUGAUGGAACGUGAGCAACGACUUGAACUAAAAGAGAAAGAGCUUGGUGCUAGGGAGGAAAUGAUUAAUAAGAAGGAUCAGGAAUUGAAGUUGGCAAAAUCUGUAAGCUCGAGAAAAGAGCUUUCAAAAUCCUCUAAAAAAACUCAGAUGAAAGCAAAGGACUUGUGCAGUUUCUGUCAACAACAACUUAACUCGGAUCAACACGUUGACUUGGUACGUGACGCUAGAGUAUUUGAUGAGAAAACGUUGCAGUUACUCUUACGUGGGCAUCUGAAGAAACUUGAUCAGCUUCAUAUUGAUGUUCUGUCUUCUCUUAGAAGAUCUUAUGACCCGGCAAAGCUUGUGUUAGAUACAGUAAUUGGGCUCUACUCUGCUCACCUAAGGACGGCAGUUCAAAAUCUUGAUCCAAAGAGUGUUCAAAGGAGUAGUAUCUUCUUGCUUGAAUGCUUGAUGGAUAUGUCACCAAAACCAACAACUGAAGUACAAGCAGAAGCUAUCAGGUUUGCUACUGAAUGGAAGAACACAAGUCUGGUUAAGGCAGAGAAUCCAAUAGAGGUGUUGGAGUUCCUACACUUUCUUGCUGCAUUCAGUUUGGCAUACACUUCUGAUACUAACCAAGUCCAGAGUCUUUUUGAUGUUGCCUUUCUUCGCAAAUAUGGUCCAAGUCUAUGCAAGGCUCUUGGACUAUCAGCUCUAGCACCACCUGUCAUCAAUUGUAGUGAUCCCUGCUCCUCGGAUGUCCAACAAAGCAUUAGCAUAGCAUCAUCUCAUUUGCCUAAUGAAGACUCUCUUAGGGACUUUGAGGGCUCAACUUCUUUUCCGUCGAAUGAAGAUCCAGGCAGGUUUGUUGUAACUUCUGUCGAGGAUGCACUCAUGAAUGCUCACCAGAGAGGCGUAUCGAGUCUAGAAGAGCGUACACUUAUGACUUUGGUUCCCCUUUUGGAGGAGCUGGGACGUGUUGGUAUCUCUACUGAUCCUGAUCUACAGUCUGAUGCAACAAGAGUGGCACAUCAAUGGGGUGGGAUGAUGGGUGCUGGUGUUAAAAAGUCACAACUCGAGGUCUGGGCUUUUCUGCAGUUCAUCGUGGCGUUUGGAUUGGUGUUGAAACAAACUCAACAAGAUGAAACUCUACAGUUUGCGUCGCAUGUUGCUCACUUCAGACACGCUCCAAAGCUCUUUGAAUCUCUUGGUCUCGCUCAUGCCAUCCCCGAUUUUGUCAAAGAGCUCCUUAAAAAAGGUUUAUAUAUUCCUGCAAUCCGGUUUAUGUUUUACUUCAACGUGGAGAACAACUUUUCUCCACUGGAGUUGUUGAAGGAACAGAUCAUCAAUCUCAGACGCUCAGCCAAAGAAAAUACAAGAUAUGAAUCACAGGCUGAAGCUACACUGAGGGAGAUGAUGGAACUCAUUGAGGACUUGAAGCUGGAAAUUGACAUUCCUGCUGAUCUUAUCCUCAAAUUCAUUGUUCCUACAUCAUCUGUUCCAGUUCAAUCAACCCGUAUGCAGGCUUCAGACACAGUCAUUCAAAGCUCAUGCAUUGCCACUCAUGGCUCAAACCCUAGUCUUCCAACAAGCUUUGGUCCGGAACCGUAUCAAGCUGGUACUUCUUCAGCUGCGUUGUUGCCAGGUCAACAACAUUCACACCACGUUGGUUCUAAACGUCCAAGCGUGUUGGAUCCUGAGGGUACUAGACCGGUGAUUAGACCUUGCUUCAGUCCACCACCCGGCUCUAGCAGAUUCUAGUGCUCUGUCUAAGGCUUAAAGCUAGGUAGCUAAGUAGUAGGAAGUAAGUAAGAAGAAACAGCUUUUAUCAUUUGGUCUUGAUAGGUUUAAGGGUGUUGUUUUUGUAGCUCCAUGGUCUCUCUUUGGCAAAGAAAAAAACAUACAGAGAGGAUCCUUUUGUUUCAGAUACGGAUAAGCGGGGGCAUGUUGUUUCUUUAACUGAAAAGUGAUUAACAGUGACAAUCAAACUUUGACUAAUCAGAUAAAAACUAAUUCAGUAAUAUAAGCUCCUCUGUCUCGGUGCAUCUCUUCGUUCUUC